CGAAGAUCUAUUCCAGGCUAUCAAUAACACAAAGCCUCAUCAAGUACUCUGGCCCACAUCGCAUCAUUAUAGCAACAGCCUCUGUUAUUGAGUUUAAACAAAGAGUCCUGCAUUUUGCACGAACCUACAACAAUGUGUAUGCCAUUCUCUACCAGGCUCCAAGAUCCUGUUGAUCCACCCCCGCGCUACUACAAGAACUAUAGCAGCGAGUACCCAGUUUCCAGCAGCAGUGCGUAUUCCCGACAAAGAGAUCAGACCCGCGCGAACGAAAUCAAUGAAAUGAACGCUGCAAGCAAAGAGGCCCGUGCUAGAAACAAGACACAGAAGCGGUCUUUUGUGUUUCAUAACCCCGGUGGUCGAGGAAGUACACAUCAUCAUGGGGGCUUUAUGGGAGCGAUGGCUGGCGGUGCUGGAGGGGGAGGAGGUGGUGUUGGUGGUUUCUGAUGGCGCUUACAUAUCAAUGCACAUAUGGGACUAUCCUCAUGGCCUCUGUGAGAGCUGUCAUAGGGGUUGUUAAGUAUUGAGCCUGUCAGGUCACUGGAUUCGAGUGGGAUAGUUAGGCACGGUGCUGCGUAACGCUGGACUUAGUUUCCUUGCUUCGGGAUCGACUCACAGGCGAUAUCAUCUCAACUCUACUUGCGAUUUUCUCAUGUAUAUAUAUCUUGAAGUUCUGAACACCACUACAUACGUUCCCUCUCCAAACUCCUUAGAAUCUCUAAUUUUCUGUGAAGACACUCUUAGCUCCUCCA